AUGGCUUCGGUCGCCGAGGCCCGCUCCACGCCCUUCUCCGCCGAUGCUCGCAAUCCCAAACUCCACAAGUCCAUACCCAUUCUGCCCUCGUCCGCCUCGACACUCGCGCCCCCGAGAGACCCCAUGGACUUGACGCCCUCGACCUCGUCCGCCAUGGGCCCCCCAGCCAUCAACGCCCCGCCCGCCACGGAUCGCACUCCCCAAGGUCCCUUCCAGUCCCAGGCGCAAUCCCACGCGCAAAGAGAAGGAACCACCGACUCGGGCAACACGUCGCCCAAUGGAACUGCCGCCCCGGCUGUGGGCGCUGCUGCCGCCGCCCAGCAGCCAAAGGUCGUCCAAACCGCCUUCAUACACAAGCUGUACAACAUGCUUGAAGACCAGAGCAUCCAGCAUCUCAUCUCCUGGGCCAGUACAAACGAAAGCUUCGUCAUGUCGCCCUCGAGCGAAUUCUCAAAAGUUCUAUCGUCUUAUUUCAAGCAUACCAAUAUCUCGUCAUUUGUUCGCCAAUUAAACAUGUAUGGCUUUCACAAAGUGAGUGACGUCUUCCACACCGGAUCCCCAGACACUCCGCUAUGGGAAUUCAAGCAUGGAAAUGGCAACUUCAAGCGCGGCGACUUGGUCGGCCUGCGAGAAAUCAAGCGACGUGCCUCGCGACACGCACUUAUCCAUCGUGACUCCUUCUCCACACCAAAGCUGCCCCAGGGUCCCCCCGCUGGCCAGCCAGUCGAGCCAAUGCCCGACCCAACCGAGUCACGCCUACAGAACCUGGAGCAUAGCCUGUACGACAUGCACACGCGCAUGCAGCGCUCAGAAGAAACAUGCAAUUACCUGAAUCAAAAGAGCCUAGUUCUCGCAGAGGGCAUGAUGAGAUGUCACCAGUGGAAUCACGAUCUCGCAAAUUACAUUAUGGCCAUGGUGCCAGACCCGGAAAACCCUAUCCAUAGGGACGUCGCCAUGAUGCAGCGUGAAAUUAGUCGGCAGACAGACAUGCUUCGCGCACUGGAGGCACCUGAGGAACCCCUCUCCGCACGGCAAUCCUACUUCAUGCAAGUAGAUAGCAAUAACGGCCCACCGCUUUCACCUCGGCAGAUGCCACAAGAUAAUAUGUCAGAAUCAAGGCGAGGCUCCUUGGCGAGCGUUUCACGCCAAGCGCCAUACAAGCCCCCGGUUCCGGCACAUCUCGCCAUAUCUCCGCGACGGUACGGCUCAAUAGGCGCGGGUAAUUUCUCUCCAUCAUCCGCCAGGACCCCAGUUUCGCACCAGCCACCCCCACCCCCACCUCCACCUCCACCAGCGCCGCCUGCUAUCCAACAGCCGGCAUCUGGUGCUACAUUGGGAAGCAAUCUGGCAGCAAACAGCUCUUCCCCACCCUAUAACCUUUAUAGGCGACACACCUCGGCGGAUAUCCGUACUCAUGGCUGGCAGCCGCAGCAGCAACAGCAGUCCAAUGCUCCGCUUCACUCGCCCUAUGCAUCCGGCCACAACUCUACCCAAUGGCCCUCAUCACCACACCGGCCCCCUGUCGGAGGCGGAGAUCAACAACUCCGUGACGCUUUGGAAUCCUACCAACUACCCCGUGGUCCACGGCAAGUGCCGUCAAGACAUGGUACUCCCCCUGGAUCAAAUGACCCCGUCCCAUCUACUCUUAGUGCCGAUAGCGGGUGGACACUUCCGGGCGCUCGAUACCCAUUCAAGGGCAUCGACACGCCUGGCCCACCUACAAGACGGUCCAGUAUGGCAUCUAACGUGCACUCACUACUCAAUCCCGCCGAGACCGCUGAACGCGAUGAUGAAGAUGACCCAGAUGAUGCACGCAAGCGAAAGCGUCUACAGUGA